UAUAUUUUGAAAUGGAGAGAGUAUUCCGUUUUUAAUUCUUAAGAAAUUAAAAUAAUCUGUAACACACAUAUACUAUAUUUAUAGAACAAUACUACUUCUUCACCUAGAGAUCUUGAACACUCUUUUUGUAGUUUGCUUGUCAGAAUUCCUCCACAUUAUUCCUGCAUUCAUUUCAUUCAUCAGAGAACUAGAAAACCAUGAAAGUCUGUGCUCUCAUCUCAAGCUCCCUUCUUUUUCUUCUGUUCAUUAUUUUCUUCUUAAUUAUCCAAACCCAGCUCUUCUUUUGCAUAGCUGAUUUGAUGUAUACCCAUAACCCCUCCAGACCUUCAGCUCCGGCGCUUCUCUUGCCCUUGAAAACUCAAAAUAUCUCAACCGGGUCACUCCCAAGAGCUUCAGAUAAGCUCCCUUUCACUCACAAUGUCACCCUUACAGUUUCUCUCGCUGUCGGAACGCCCCCACAGAAUGUUACCAUGGUCCUUGAUACCGGAAGUGAGCUUUCAUGGCUUCAGUGCAACAUUUCCCGGCUAGGAUUGGGACUACCCGGAUUCGACCCGAACAGGUCAUCUUCUUAUCGCCCGGUGGGUUGCUCCUCGCCCACCUGUACGACCCGGACCCAGGACUUCUCCAUUCCAGCUUCUUGUGAUUCCAAGAACCUCUGCCACGCUGUCCUUUCAUACGCCGACGCUUCUUCCUCUGAAGGAAACCUUGCAUACGACACCUUCAACAUCGGAGGUUCGGAUUUCCAGGGUACCAUUUUCGGGUGUAUGGAUUCGGGUUACAGUAGCAACUCCGAGGAGGAUUCCAAGACAACCGGGUUAAUCGGCAUGAAUCGUGGGUCACUCUCUUUUGUUUCUCAAAUGGGGUUCAAGAAAUUCUCGUAUUGCAUCUCAAGUUCUGAUUUUUCCGGCGUUUUACUGCUCGGAGACGCGAACUUCACGUGGUCAAUACCGUUAAAUUACACGCCGUUGAUCCAGAUUUCAAUGCCGUUGCCGUAUUUUGAUCGGGUGGCAUACACGGUUCAGCUGGAAGGCAUUAAAGUUUCGAAUAACUUGCUUCAACUACCCAAAUCCGUAUACGAACCUGACCAUACAGGAGCGGGUCAAACCAUGGUUGAUUCAGGGACCCAGUUCACCUUCCUUCUUGGUCCGGCUUAUACUGCAUUGAGGAAUGAGUUCGUGAACCAGACAUCCGGGUUUUUGCGGGUUCUGGAGGAGCCGGAUUUUGUUUUCCAAGGGGCAAUGGACUUGUGUUUUAGAGUACCCGAAACCCAGAAAAAGUUACCGGCAUUGCCGCCUGUAAGUUUGAUCUUCCGGGGUGCUGAGAUUACGGUCUCCGGUGAACGGUUGCUGUAUCGGGUUCCGGGUGAAUCCAGGGGAAACGAUGAAGUGUUCUGCUUCACAUUUGGGAACUCCGAUUUAUUGGCGAUUGAAGCUUAUGUAAUCGGGCAUCACCACCAGCAAAACGUAUGGGUUGAAUUCGACCUGGAGAAAUCCAGGAUUGGGUUUGCGAAAUUACAAUGUGAUCAGGCGAGGCAAAGAUUAGGUUUUGAUCAUUAAUUUCUACGAACAACAGUGCAGCAGCCCUUCAUUAAAUUCUUUGGGUUGAUGGACCAUUUUAGGGAGAAUCACAAUUACUCUCUCUGUACGUACCAAAUUUGGAGUAGUUGCAGCUGGCAUAUAACCCCCAUUGAUUAAAGAUGGUGAUUGCAACCAGUGAAUAGUAUUGGUUGCUUUUCUGCAAACUUGCAUUGGUGUCACUUUUUUCCACAGAUUUCUCUUUUGUAAUGUGUAUAGGUUUAGUAUUAUUAUUAGGUAAAUGGUAGGAUUAGAUUUGUUUAGAAGUGGUAGAAAAAGUGCAUGUUGAUUGGUGAUGAGGUUCAGUUUAUUUAUUGCUGAGAUUAUUAUUAGACAAUAAUAUCUGCAGAAUAACUAUUAAUGUGCAUCCAAAUUUGGGGUGUUGAUCGAGGAUUCUGCUGAUGAUUCUCUGAUCUGCCUUCACCGUCCCUUUACUGUCGUCUAUCUAAAAGCAAAAGCAAUUUUUUUUUUUUUUUGGUGAUUUAAAGUUUACUGGGUGGGUCUCAGAAUGCAAAAGAAUCACGUUCAUAUGUAUGUUCUUGGAGUUUUGGCGUAGUAUCAAUACGAGACUUCAAUGAC